CAAAUAAUUCUGAAAAGUCGACAUGUGGAAGCUGAAGAGCGGCAGUCACUCUCACGGCUCCGUCGCCGAGGCCGCGUCAGAGCCAGGAUGUCGGGGAGCUCCGGGAACGGGAAGCUGCGUCAGUGGCUGAUCGAGCAGGUGGACACUGGGAAAUAUCCCGGCUUGGUCUGGGAGGAUGGAGAGCGGAGCGUCUUCCGCAUCCCGUGGAAACACGCCGGGAAGCAGGACUAUAACAGAGACGAGGACGCUGCGCUCUUCAAGGCCUGGGCUCUGUUUAAGGGCAAGUAUCGCGAGGGAAUAGAUAAACCGGAUCCUCCCACCUGGAAAACCCGGCUCAGGUGCGCCUUGAACAAGAGCAGCGACUUCGAGGAGCUCGUGGGCCGAAGUCAGCUGGACGUGUCAGAACCGUUCAAAGUCUACCGCGUUAUUCCCGAGGGAACCAAGAGAGCACCAAAACCAUAUGAGAAAGUUUCCACAAGCUCGGGUCACCAUAACUAUCCGUUUUAUCCUUCAUAUGAACCGGUGGAGAGCCAGGUGUGUAACUUCCUGUCUGCUGCUGACAGGAGCUGGAGGGACUUCCUGUAUGAGCAAAACUCACUGUCUGACGUACACUUCAGCCAGAACUCACGCUGGGACGCCGGUUACCAGAUAAGUGGCUCUUUCUACAGCUGUACUGACUUGGCUCCCUCUUCAUUUGCUCUGGACACCAGCAUGAGAUCAGCCGAGGCCAUGGCACUGUCAGACGGCCGCCUGCAGGUGACGGUGUUCAGCGGAGAGACUCCGGUCACAGACGUCACCGUCACCAGCUCCGAGGGCUGUCGACUGGCUCUGCGCGACGAUAACUGGAGCUGCAGCGGGCCGGGCGGCUCGGAGCUGGUUCCUCUCCCUCCGGCCGAGAGAGGAGCGCUGGAGGGGGGCGUCCUGCUCUGGAUGACGCCCGACGGCCUGUACGCCCGCCGCUUCUGCCAGUGCAGGGUCUACUGCGACGGGCCGCACGCUAACCUGAGCGCCAAACUCUGCAAACUGGAGCGAGAGCAGACCAGCAAACUACUGGACACACAGCUCUUCCUGACAGAGCUCCAGGGUUACUUCCUGCAUGCUCGCCCUCCCCCGCGUUUCCACGUGCAGCUGUUUUUCGAGUGCUGUGACCCCUCCGUAGACAAGGGACCCCUGACGGUCCAGGUGGAGCCGCUGUUUGCCCGUCAGCUGCUGCUCCUCCUCCAGCAGAGCGGCAUCAGCUACAUGAGGAGCCACGAACUUUCACCUCUGACCCCUGAGCAGGUUUACCCCGCCCACCCAGACUGUCCUCAGACGCACGGCAGCUUCAUGCAAGAGUGACCCCGAAAGACGACGUGAAGACACCCGGCUUUUAAAAUGCAGUUGAUAACGGAGCAGCCCCAUCUCGGUGUAUGGAGGCUGUGUACGGUUGCCGAGCCACGUAGCAACAUAAUGCAUUAAUACAGAGCGUGAAAAUCAAACGAGCAAACUUAAAAAAAAAAAAAAAAAAAAAGGGCAAAACUUAUUUUAUAAGUAUAUUUGAUAAGGAAAUAUGUAUAAUAAUAACACAGAAAAUGUAUGCAUUAAUACAGAGUUUAAAAUCAGUCAAUUAGUUUAAAUAAUAUAUAUAUAUAUUUUUAUAAAUAUAAGGAAAUAUAUAGAACACACACACACACACAUAUAUACACAUUAUAUAUAUAUAUAUAUAUAUAUAUAUA